AUGUCUUCUCGAAAUCAACGUAUCAGCAACGGUAUUGACAGCUUAGUACGACGAUUAUUGGUAGAGAUACCAGGUGAAGAUGCCGCCUCGGCAGAGGAAAGAGAGCAAAAUGCUAUUGAGUUUGUGAGAGAGGUCUUAGGAAGUUCGAAAAGUCCCGCUGUUGUUGCCGAUGUAAAUCAAGCCUCUGAUCUGAUCAAGAAACGAUUAAUACAAACGAACCCAAGCCCCGAGAAGGCUCUCCGAUUCACAAAUCUAUACAGUAGACUCCUGUCUGUACCGGUUAUAUCGCAGAAGUGGGCUGUCCUAUACUUUUUGUAUCAGCUUGGGAGUCACCAGCAAUCUAGACCUCCACCAGCUCUCACCAGCCCAUUCAAGAGUCCUACUAAGAACGGGGGAACCAAAAAUCUGGAGAAUGGACGAAUACCAAAUUCGCCGAAAUUUGGCUCAAAGAGAGAAGAAACUCCCUUCCAGGAAGCAUUUGCGCCUGAAGGGUUGCAUAGGCUGCCAACACGAGAAGGAGGACAGCGAGACAGAAAGGAGGAGGAGCAGGCCUUUCCCAGGGCACCGGCGAUUCAACGUGAAAGUGUCGCACUCAAGACCGCUUUGCUGGCAGAAAAUUAUGUUGAAAUUGAUCCACCGGAAAUAGCGCUUCUUAGGGACCUGCCUUUCACCUUGCAAGGCCUAUCUUCGACAAAUUUACCAUUUUCUUCCAAUUCGACCCUGACACUACCGGCUACCUUGCCAGCUCCCAUACUCUCCAUUCUUCACACCUUAGCCGAACCUUCUUUGCUGUACCGGGGCUUAGGUUCUUUCGUCCAGUCGGCCGAUGGAGGGUUGCUUGGUCAAAGUUUGCGAGCAGCUAUCGGGGGAGAACUCAGAUCGUAUCUUGGAUUGGUCGCCACAUUGGAAAGCCAGAUUCGGCGUGCCCUGGCAUCCCUAGAUGAAAAGGAGCCAAGAGGAGGUAUCGGCAAGGCUGGUGUAACACUCAAAAGAUGUGUCGUCUGGACUAGGGAGGCGACGAUGGGUUUACGCUUAAUGAGUCUCAUAAGUGAGGAAUCGAAGAGCAAGCGGGGUGGGCAACUCAUUUCCCUCAUACAUGGAUUCUCGUCAUCCCAUGGCGACCCAAUGGUAGGAGCGUUUGCGGAGCGGUUAUUGAUUCACGUUACUCGACCUUUUUAUGACAUGUUACGACAGUGGAUUUAUGAUGGAGAGUUGUCUGAUCCAUAUCACGAAUUCUUUGUCUCUGAGCAGGAUCCUAAUGCGGUUAAUGAUACCCACGAUGGCAAGAGUCGAGGAGGAGCAAGCGUAUGGGAAGACAAGUACAUGCUCAACGAGGAUAUGGUUCCAAGCAUUAUCACCCAGGACUUCGCUCAGAAAGUUUUCCUGAUUGGCAAAUCCUUGAAUUUCAUCCGAUAUGGCUGUGGUGAUUCUCAGUGGGUAGAAGAAUAUUCGAAAGCAGCAUCAAAGGAGCUGCGAUACGGUGACACGGCAACCCUGGAAACAUGGAUUGACGAAGCUUACAAGACGACAAUGGCUCGUCUCAUACAUUUAAUGGCGGAGAAGUUUCAUUUGUUUGAGCAUCUCAAAGCUCUAAAGAACUACAUCCUCCUUGGCCAGGGAGAUUUCAUCGCCCUCCUCAUGGAAUCCCUUUCUUCCAACCUGGAUCGACCUGCAGGCGCACAGUAUCGGCAUACCUUGACCGCACAACUGGAGCAUGCCAUUCGUGGUUCAAAUGCACAGUAUGAUUCGCCCGAAGUCCUGCGAAGAUUGGACGCUCGGAUGCUCCAGUUGUCACAUGGAGACAUAGGCUGGGAUUGCUUCACCCUGGAAUACAAGAUUGAUGCUCCUGUAGACGUAGUAGUGACAGAGUGGGGGAAUCGGCAGUACCUUAAAGUCUUCAACUUCCUGUGGCGGCUCAAGCGGGUUGAGUUUGCAUUGGCUACGACCUGGCGAAAAUGUAUGACGGGGGCACGAGGUGUUCUCCAAGAUGAAAACCCAAACGUUGCACAAGCAUGGAAGCUGACAAGAGGUGUUCUGGCGGAGAUGAUUCAUUUCAUCGGUCAGCUUCAAUACUACAUCCUCUUCGAAGUUAUCGAAAGCUCUUGGGACGAGCUCCAAACGGCUAUCCACAAGGAAGGCUGCACUUUGGACGACCUCAUCAAAGCACACACUAAAUACUUGAACGCGAUAACGCACAAGGGACUUCUCGGUGCAAAGAAGAAACACCAUGGCGAAAAUGACGAUAACACAUUCAUGGUUCAACUCGGCGAGAUUCUGCGACUGAUGCUCAGUUAUCGAGAUGCUGUUGACGGGCUAUAUAGUUGGUCCGUCUCCGAAUUCACCAGACGCCAGGGAGCAGAUGUCCGCACCGAAACGCGAAGCAGACGCGAAGACGAUGAUGGCAUAUUGAUCAACACGCCUGCGACGACUCGCCGUGGUCCUCGGCACUUUCUCGAUUCCACACCGGCUCCUUCAGCAGACGAGUCCAUCGCAGAUGAGUUUCCAGUCUUGCGGGAACGGCUGCAGGCGCUCGGCGGGCAUUUCCGGUCCCGGGUGUGUUUGUUACUGGGUGACUUGGCUUAUCAGCCAGAUGUCGACAUGCGGUUCUUGGGUGUGGUUAUGAAUUUUAACGAUGUGUAUCAGCCUGUCAGGAAGAAAUCGAAGGGAAAGGAGCCUGCUAGGAGUUCCGCGAGGGGAUAA